AUGAGCCACGUGAACACCUGCCAGCAGCUGCAGGGCUCCGCCAUGGAAGAGUCUCGGGAAAUUCGGAAGAGUGAAGUCGGGCCUGUGGGUCUCCACAGGUACCUGAGGUCUGUUUUUUACUUUGAGGGCAAGAGGCGGCUCCCACGUAUCCCCCGCCUCCUGGGGUCCCUACUUAUCUGCCUGUAUUCAUUGAGCAAGGAGGACAGUCUGCCCUCGCAGUCCGAGCCCAAGUCCCAGCCCUCCCCCAGCGCCGGCCCCUCUCUUGGAUCGGGGAUCGGGAAGCGAGCCCCGGCCCCGGCCCCGGCCCCGGAACCUCGAGCUCAGCUUCUGCUGGUCUGGACGGCCCUGUCGUGCACGGCGGGUGUCCAGGGUCUCUGGGACGCCCUGGAGCCGGCGCGCUCUGGACGGACGCACAGACGAGGCAGCCCAGGCAUCUUGCAGGGGCCGAACGUGUGUGGCUCCCGCUUCCACGCUUACUGCUGCCCCGGCUGGAGGACGCUGCCCGGGGGGCGCCAGUGUGUUGUGCCUGUCUGCCGGCAUGACUGCCACGAGGGCUUCUGUUCCCGCCCCAACCUGUGCACCUGCGCGGGCAGGGAGCGGGCGCCCAGCUGCGAGGCAAGUGGAGGGCCGGGGUGCAGUGUGAGCUGCAUGAACGGGGGCAGCUGCCGAGGGGCGUCCUGCCUGUGCCCCAGAGGCUACACCGGCACCGUGUGUGGGCAGCCUGUGUGCGACCACACCUGCCACCACGGGGGCCGCUGCAUAGGGCCAAACCGCUGCGCCUGUGUGUAUGGCUUCACGGGGCCUCAGUGUGAGAGAGACUACCGGCUAGGGCCCUGCUUCGGCCAGGUUGGCACUGAGGGGCGCUAGCGCCAGCUGACGGGCCUCUUCUGCACCAAGGCACUCUGCUGUGCCACCGUGGGCCGCGCGUGGGGCCUCCCCUGUGAGCUCUGCCCUGCACAGCCACACCCCUGCCGCCGUGGCUUCGUCCCCAAUGUCCACACGGGGGCCUGCCAAGAUGUGGACGAGUGCCAGGCUGUGCCAGGGCUGUGCCAGGGUGGUAGCUGUGCCAACACUGUGGGCUCCUUUGAGUGCCGCUGCCUGGCUGGACACCGCUUCAGUGAGAACAGUGCGAGCUGUGAAGACCACCGGCCCGGCGCCUGCUUCUCCGUGCUGAUUGGCGGCCUCUGCGCCGGCCUGGCCGGUCCCCACUCGCGCAGGCUGUGCUGCUGCCGCGGGGGCAGGUGCUGGGCGGCCGGCCCCGCUCCUGAGCCGUGUCCUCCCCGGGCUUCUGGUGAGCGGCCUGGGCUCCGGCGGCUGUGUGCCCGGGAGCCCCCAGUGCGGCUCUCCUACCCCGGCCCCUCCGCCGGCCUCCCCGGCAACGGCGUGGGCCCUGGCCUGGGGCCGGCGCCACCCAGCCCCCGCGACGCCGGCGGGCGUGGGGGUCCCAGCUCGGGCCUCGGGGACGCUGGCAUCGGCACAGCCGCCCUGAACCCCACCAUCGACACCUGCCGGCUCUUCCCCAGCCUGUGUCUCAAUGGCCGCUGCCUGCCCACCCCGUCCAGCUACCGCUGCGAGUGUAACCCCGGCAACACCCGGGACGCCCGGGGCCAGUGCAUCGUCGUGGACGAGUGCUCCGGGAGCCAUGGCCGCGGCCGCCGCGUCAACACGGAGGGCGGCUCCCGCUGUGUCUGCAGCGCGGGUUUCCGGCUCCGUCCUGACGGCCGGAGCUACAUCAGCGAGUGUGCCCUGGACCACAUCUGUGCUAACGGCUCCUGCGAGGACCUGCGGGGGGCUACCGCUGCAUCGCGGCCUGGGCUAUGUGGCGGGCGCUGCCGGCAGUUCACGCGUGCAGACCCUGGCCCGCUCACACCCUGCGUCAGUCUCCCAGUCCGCGCUCGGAGCGUGCACGCCGCACCACAGCCUCCGCUCACGCUCGGUGCACGCACUCAGACGUGCGUGUCCACGCUCACGCAGCGUGUGGACAUCGACGAGUGCCUGUCUCAGCCAUGUGUGAACGGGGUGUGCCGGAACCUGGCGGGCCCCUUCGCCUGCAAGUGUGCCCCUGGCAGCCUGCUGGAGCCCUCGGGUACUGUGUGCCAAGACAGCGCUAAGGGCGCCUGCUGGCUGCAGGUUCAGGACGGCCGCUGUGAGGCGAGCCUGCGGGGGACCUCCCUGCGGGCCGAGUGCUGCGCCACGCUGGGGGCUGCCGGGGGGAGCCCCUGCGAGCCCUGCGAGAUAGACCCUGCCUGCGCCCGGGGCUUUGCCCAAACACAGGGGCUCGCGUGUGAAGAUGUGGAUGAGUGUGAGGUCUUCCCCGGGGUCUGCCCCAAUGGCCGCUGCCUCAACACCCCCGGCUCCUUCUGCGAGUGUCCCCAGGGCUUCGCGCUGGACGCCACCGGCCGGCUGUGUGUGGCCGGACUCCGCUCCUUGGGCCGUCGAAGCCGCAGGCCUCGGGCUCGCUUGGCUUCAGCAGGGGUGGGCGGGGGGGCUGCAGGGGAGCAGCCUCCCGUCGGCCUCUCACCCGGGCGCUUGCCCCGCGCCCAGAUGUGGACGAGUGUGCCCAGGAGGCUGCUGUGUCGCAGAGGCACCUGCACCAACACGGAGGGCAGCUACACCUGUCGGUGCCCCGGGGGGACACUGCCGGCGGUGGGCACGGCCUGUGAGGACGUGGACGAGUGUGCCCCCAGCGAGGGCCUGCGUCCCCACGGCCGGUGCAUCAACCCCGGCGCCUUCCGGUGCGCCUGCCCCGCCGGCUUCCAGAGCGCCCCGGACGGCCGGGUGUGCUUGCCUUGCACCAACCUGCUGGCCAGUCACCGCUGCCGGUGCUUGGGUUUCGUGGCCGCCCCAGACAUGAGGGCGUGUGUUGACGUGAAUGAGUGUGACCUGACCCCCAUCUGCGGCCACGGAGCCUGCGAGAACACGAAGGGCUCCUUUGUCUGCCACUGUCCACGGGGCUACACGGCCAGGGAGGCGGCCGCGGGCUGCUCGGACGCCGACGAGUGCGCGGACCCCGUGACCUGCAUCGGCGGCCUGUGCGUCAACACUCCGGGCAGCUACCUCUGCAGCUGCCCCCCGGAGUUCAAGCUGUACCCCAGUGGGGUGGGCUGCGUGGACACCCCGGUCGGGAGCUGCUUCCUGGACACGCAUGGCCGGGGGGACGGUGGUGUCUCCUGCGGUGCUGAGAUCGGGGCUGGCGUCACCCGAGCCUCCUGCUGUUGCUCCCUGGGCCGCGCCUGGGGCAGCCCCUGUGAGCUGUGCCCGCUGGCCAACACCAGUGAGUCCGGGGCGGGCGUGGCCUCCUCCCCUCCUGCAGACAUCGACGAGUGCCAGGACCUCCCGGGGCUGUGCCAGGGGGGAGACUGUGCCAACACCUUCGGCAGCUUCCGGUGCGAGUGCCCGUCUGGCCACCACCUCAGCGGAAACACCCGUGUCUGUGCAGACAUGGACGAAUGCUCUGCCCAGCCGGGCGUCUGUGGCCCUGGCACCUGCCUCAACACGCCUGGGAGCUACACCUGUGUCUGCCCCUCGGAGCACCUGCCCGGCUAUGGUGGCAGCAGCUGCCUGGACAUGCGAAGGGGCAUCUGUUUCCAGCACUACAACGGCACGUGUCGGGACGAGCUGGGCGUCAGCGUGACCCGCAGGACGUGCUGCUGCGCCUACCUCGUGGGCCAAGCCUGGGACAGACCCUGCGAGGCCUGCCCCGCCCCGGCCAGCAGGGACUACCAGAUCCUGUGCGGAGACCAGGUCCCAGGCUUCGUCACUGACACCCACACGGGGAGGCUGCUUGACGUGGACGAGUGCGGGGCGAUCCCCACCCUCUGUGGCCGCGGCGUCUGCGUCAACCAGAUCGGGAGCUUCGGCUGCGAGUGCCCCCGCGGCUUCCGCCCCAGCAGCGACAUAGAUGAGUGCGCCACCCUGGCAGGGCAGGUGUGCCGAUUUGCCCAGUGUCUCAACACAGCUGGUUCCUUCCACUGCCUCUGCCGGCCUGGCUUUGAGCUCACAGCUGAUGGGAGGAACUGCACAGACACCAACGAGUGUCUCAGCCUCACGGGAACAUGCUGGCCAGGCACUUGCCAGAACCUCGAAGGCUCCUUCCACUGCAUCUGUCCCCCCGGCUUCCAGGUGCAGAGUGACCACUGCGUGGAUGUUGACGAGUGCUUGCAGGAGCCCAAACUCUGCCUCUUCGGCACCUGUACCAACAGCCCUGGGAGCUUCCAGUGCCUCUGCCCAGCUGGCUUCAUCCUUUCUGACCAUGGGCGCCGUUGCGUCAACACCCGGCAGAGUUUCUGCUUCACCCAUUUCGAGGCUGGCGAGUGUGUGGUGCCCACAGCGUCCAACACCACCAAGACCCAGUGCUGUUGCAGCACGAGGCCUGGCCAGGGCUGGAACGACCCCUGUGAGCUGUGUCCUCCAGAGGGCAGUGCUGCCUUCCAGGAGCUCUGCCCCUUCGGCCGCGGGGCAGUCCCAGGCCUGGAUGACUCCUGGAAAGAUGUGAACGAGUGUGAGGAAAAACCUGGCGUCUGCAACAACGGCCUUUGUGUCAACACGGACGGCUCCUUCCGCUGUGAAUGUCCCUUUGGCUACAGCCUGGACCUCGCAGGCAGCAGCUGUGUGGUGGGCACCUUCGCCUGCAUCUGCCCCCCGGGCCUGAGGCCCCCCGGCUCCGGGGAGGGCUGCGUAGAUGACGACGAGUGCCUGGCCCAGCCCGGCCUCUGCGCCAGCGGCCGCUGCGUCAACACGGUGGGCAGCUUCUGGUGCAGCUGUGACGAGGGCUUCCGGCCCAGCCCCGCCCUCACCGAGUGCCUCGGUUUCGCCACGUUGCCCGGCAUCCGGCUGAGGGUCAGCGAGCUCCGCGGCCUGAAGCUGAGCUGCAGCCAGACCCCCAGGCCGUGCGCCUUCCUGUGCAGGAACACGGAGGGCGGUGUCCUGUGCGCCUGCCCCCGAGGCUACCUGCUGGAGGACCUGCAGAGCGCUGGCCGCCUUGCCGCAGACCUGGACGAGUGCGCCGCCCGGCGGCACAGCUGCCAGUUCCUCUGCGUCAACACCGUGGGCGCCUUCACCUGCCGCUGCCCCCCGGGCUUCACCCAGCGCCACCAGGCCUGCUUCGACAAUGACGAGUGCCUGGCCCGGCCCGGCCCGGCCCGUGUGGCGCCCACGGGCGCUGCCUCAACAGCCCGGGCAGCUUCAGAUGCGAGUGCCCCCGAGGCUUCGCACUGUGUCUCUGGCCUGGGCUUGAGCACCGGCCCUCAGCACACCCCAGAGGAGGAGCAGCUCUCUCCAGAAGCCUGCUACGAGUGCAAGGUCAACAGCCUCGCCGGUCAGGCCCGGGCUCGGCGCAGUGCACACAGGGACCACCAGGUGAACCUAGCCGGCAUCGACGCGGACGCCGUCCUGACCUUGGGCCUGAACCUGUCGCGCCUGGGCCAGGCAGAGCACAUCCUGGAGCUGCGGCCUUCCCUGGGGGCCGCCGAGGGUCGCGUUCGCUACGUUGGCCGCGGCAAUGAGCAAGGUUUCUUCCGCGUGCGGCACCUCCUCGGCCUCAGCUCCCUGCAGUUGGGGCGUCGGAGACCCCGACCUGGAACUUACCAUCUGGAGGUGGCGAGCGUGGUAGAGUCCUGGAACCCCAAAACCCAGGCAGAAGGGCAGACCGGGCCAGGAGUCCGGUCCCUGCAACUGAAGCUGCGGCUGCGGCUGCAGUAGGGGGAGGAGCCGGCCUCAGGCCCGCCCACACCCCGGGGCUCUGCGAGGGGUGCCCCUGAUCUCCCCGUGGGGAUGUGGGGAGAAUGAUGACACUCCCCACUAUGUGGCCUGAGUAGUGCACACCACGGUGACAGGCCCUAGCCUCAGCAGGCCCCCACCUGUCCUCUUCCCCAGAGGUGCUGGGAUAGACGGCCCCCCAAAACUCAUGAAAUGCUACACAGUGACCCCGGACAGGCCUACCCUCUACCUGGGGGCCUCAGGACACGGGCUUUCCUGGAGCUGAAGCUUCAGUGUGCACCCGCCACCCCCCAGCAACCAGGGGCGAGGAGAACCCCGUUUCACUGUGUCUGGUCAGGCUCGGGCUCAAACUUACACAACCCCAGCGGGCGUUUAGGACGGGGACCAGCUAGCUGGGGAGGGGCUCAUCUCAGAGCAGAGGGGCCUUAGCCAGAGUUGGUGACUCCGGCCGGCCAUGCGCAUGCUCACAGAAGCUGGGCUAGGGUUCCAAGGAUGCUUUUAUAUCAGAA